AUGGCGUCCCGCUGCGCCCCCUUCCCGAUCGCUCGCGCGAGCACGAGCACGCGCCGGCGCGUCGCUCAGCGAUUGGCCGAGGGCGAUAAAAGCGCGUACACCCCGGGCGCCCCCGAGACGGCGGAUGAGAUCUUAAUGCAAGUCAUCGACAGAAGAGCUUUUCGCCCAACCUCAGAGGAGUGUCCUUUUUGUCGAGACGCCGUUAUGAAGGAGAACGGAUCGAAGUGCGUCGGGGUGUGUAGAAACCCGCAGAAUGUUGCGGGGCCUCUCGUGUAUCCGCACCAGAUGCAGUCGUGGGAGGACGCGGUGAACUUGAUCUUAUGGGCGAUGCGGGACCUGGAUAUUCCGCGGAGAGACCACGGCGUUCAAGUAAUGUGGGAGUACGCGGUGGAGCACGCGAACAUGGAACGGAGCCGAUUCUUUGGCUUCUCGAGCGAUAUGUAUCACUUCGAUCACUUUCAGGGCAAGGCGUUGGCGCAGUUCGCGGAUUUCGUGAGGAAUACGGGUCACGAGAUUUUAGGCAUUUCGACGAUGGACGACGGACGCACGCGCGUGGAUGUUCGAGUGAGCGACGAAGUCGGUGCAAAGAGCGAUUGGGUUUUUAUCAUGGUGAAAAGAACGUUUGGUAAGUACGAGGGAUGCAUUCAGGCGCACAGAAUCGUGCGAGCGGACUCGAAAUACCUCCCGGAAAUCUAA